AUGGGUUGGCUAUUGUCAAAAUGUCUUACGAGUGAAAAUUCGCACAUCGGCAAAAAUACAGUAAUCAAAGAGGACAGUGGCAAGACCUAUUCAUGGAGCGACCGCAGCAACAUGAACCCAGAGGAUUACAUAUUCGCCAAUGGCAAUGGUACCGUCAUGGUCAAAUCGCCAAACACGAUCAACGGUCAGCAGUUCCUAAUUCAGAACUGCAAGGGGUGUUACGUGUUCAUCUUGGACCACGCAGGCGCAGUGUCCAUAGACGAUUGCUCGGAAUGUUCGAUAAUCAUUGGUGCGUGUAGCGGCAGUGUGUUUGUGCGAGACUGUCACCAAUGUCUCGUCCUUGCAUCUUGCCAGCAGUUCAGAACCAGGGACUCGGUCAACCUGAACAUUCAUCUGCUUUGCAAAACGAAACCAGUCGUAGAAUCGUCGUUUCAGAUCGGCUUCGGUUGCCUUCAGUUGUUUUACAAGGAACUCGAAGGUAACUCGAAGGUAGCAACGCGUAUCGAACUCACUUGCAUACGGUCACGUUUAAAUGAUUAUUACUUCGAGUAUCACAAAAAUAAUUAG